AUGAUCAACUUCCAGGACAAGAAAGUUGAUAUUGACAACAGUUUCUCAUUAGGCGCGCUUGCUGACUCUUUGUAUGAGUACUUGCCCAAGAUGUACGCCCUUCUUGGCGGUCAGGAUAAGUCAUACAAAAAGAUGUAUAUUGGCGCAACGGCAAUCAUAGAGCGACAUCUUCUGUUCAGACCAAUGACAGAAGACAAUACGGAUAUUCUCUUCGCUGGCGACGCCUAUGUCCAUGCUGACAAGGUUGACCAUGUUUCCAAAGCCCAGCACUUGUCUUGUUUCGUCGGUGGAAUGCUGGGUCUAGGCGGCAAACUGUUCGCCAUUGAUAAACAUGUCAACCUCGGGGACCGCGUAGCUCGCGGCUGCGCUUGGGCCUAUGACGCUAUGCCUGCCAGUGUUAUGCCCGAAAUAUUCAAUCUGAUUGCCUGCUCGACAAAAGAAAAGUGCGAAUGGAACGAGGAGAGAUGGGAACAGGAGGGUGACAAGCGAUUGAAGAAGGGGUUCAAGAACGCUCGCGACCCCAAGUACAUUCUCCGCCCCGAAGCCAUUGAGAGCGUCUUCUUGCUCUACAGGAUGACUGGCCGGCAAGACUUGCAAGAUAUCGCCUGGAGCAUGUUUCAGUCGAUUUUGAAAGCGACGGAGACUGAGAAUGCCAACUCGGCCAUUGCGGACGUGACGGUCCCCCCCGAGCAGACCCAGAAAACCGACUCCAUGGAGAGCUUCUGGCUUUCCGAGACGCUUAAAUAUUUCUACCUCAUUUUUUCGCCUCACGAGCUGAUCAGCUUGGACGAGUUUGUCUUCAACACCGAGGCCCACUCUUUCAGACUUCCAAAAUAG